AUGAGCAAUAACCUGCUUUUGAGGAUUCUCAAUGACAACGAGCUGAUUGGACCUAAUUUUAAUAAUUGGUUAAGGAAUUUGAGAAUUAUUCUCAAUUCCGAAAAGGUUGCGUAUGUCUUAGAAGCACCCCUUCCACUUUCUUUGCCUCCUGAUGCCACACCACAAGAAAAGGAAGUUUUCAAUAAGUGGCAGGAGGAUGACUUACGAGCUCGUACCUACAUGCUAGCAUCAAUGAAUGCUAAGCUCCAGGUUGAGCAUGAAAAGAUGGAAAGUGCGAAUGAGAUAAUGAUCCAUUUACAAUAUGGUGAGAACUCAGAGGUAAAGCAAUACGAAUUGUGUUUGAAACUAUUCACAAUGAGGCUUAGGGACGGACUUGCCUCAGAUGAUCAUGUUAUGAAAAUGAGCAAUAUUAUAGGGCAAUUGCAUACACUUGAGAUUGUGAUGCCACACAGUCUCGAGGUGAAUUUGAUUCUACAAUCUCUUCCACCAAGUUUCAAGCCCUUCAUCACAACUUAUAAUCUCAAUAGGAUUGAGCGCACUCUUGCAAAACUGUCGAAUGAGAUUCAACAGUUCUAUAAGCAGGGAAGAAAGGAAAAAGGGCAAGAGGAUGUUUUUGCAGCUUCUUCCAGUAAGACUAAUAAGAAGCAAUGA